AUGAACGCUGGCCUGACGCUCGUUUUGUUUGCUGUUCGGAUUGAUCGUCGUAUAACAAGUACGACGUCGGAUGCUGCCUCUUCAAGACCCUGUCCAUAUCGACUAUCGCUCCAUGGCUGACCUCCCUGCCGACGACCAGAAGCCCAACAUCGACGAUGACCGCGUCCAGCUCCCCAGCAUCUUCACUGGCUUCAACGACGACACCCGUGAGCUUCGUCGCUCGUCGCUCCCGACCCUCCACUCAGAGAGCAGGCGGCACGCGCCUUAUCCACGGCCGUCGUACACGUCCAGCAACCUCGCUAGCUAUACCUUCCCGCCGACGAACGAAGAGACCGCGACGACAUAUGCUGCAGACAGUGGCUAUGGUGGCAGUGGUAUCUCCCCGUUCUCCCCAGAGAGUGACUGGAAUAGCAACUCGCCUGGCAUCGUUCGUCCAUCGUCUACACCCGGCACCGCGACGACAACCCAGCUCAAGUACGACGACUCUAUGCGUCACCAGUCUUACCCGACGCCAAUGCUGCGUAUCUCUGGCCAGCAGCGCUCGUAUCCCUCCCAUUCCCUCCCCCCUACCCUCCCAACAUUGCCUCCUGCUGACUCGCCGUACCCAUCAGUCGGUCCAGAUGGUGCUCCACCUGUUGAGCGGCCCCAACGAAAACGCGGCAAGUUGCCAAAAGAGACGACUGAUUUCCUCAAAGCCUGGCUUCAUCGUCACUCGGACCAUCCAUAUCCGAGCGAAGAGGAGAAGAAACAGCUCUGCCAUGCAACGGGCUUGUCGAUGAGCCAGGUAUCCAACUGGAUGAUCAAUGCUCGUCGUCGCAUUCUGGCGCCAGCACGACCUUCAUCGGGUCCGACAACGACCGCCCCCUUCCCGCCAUCUAUGGGUGCCCGCCGUGCCUCUCUCCCUGCCACCGCUGAUUCCUUACAGCUAUAUCACCCCAUGUCCCUCCAGUCCGUUCCCUUUUACCGCCAACACCACUCACUUUCCCACCCUUCCCAGCAUUCUCACUCACAUUCGCCCGGUCCUCUGCACCAUUCGCCUUCACUUUCCCUUUCAGCCGCACAAAAUGGCAUGUAUUAUCCCGCCAACCCUCUCUCAGCCCCGGCCACUAUGUCCUCUUCGAAUCCUUUCACGGGCGGUGGUCAUCAUCAGGGCGUGUAUUCCAAUGCUGGCGCAUAUAAUAGGGAUUAUUUCCCGGACUCCCAGUGAUCGAUUCCAGUCUAUACCAUCAUAUUAUUUUAUCGUAGAUCGUGCCCUCUGUUUGUCUUGCUGUUAUUUAAACAUCAUCAGUUGUAUACCAAUCGAGUCGAGUAUAUACUUUAUUACAAGUUUAUCCUUAUAAUUACCCCGCGGACGUUUGUUCUCUCUACUACAAAAUUGUAAGUACUAGCAUCUACAGUACUCUCGAAUCCAACCGCAUCAAGUGUACCCAAC